UCGUCAAAAAAAAAAUAAGAAAAAUAAAAGAAAUUCGUACGUGAACCGAUAGAUGGUACUCUUCACUUUCACUUCACCGGUUGCAACCUUGAAGCUUAUAAAUACGUUCCUCCUCCCGGAGAUGAAUAAUAUCAUAUCAUCCAACGUAUAGAUUGUUGUUUAACCUGGAGCUUCGCAUUAUUAUCAAUUUAGCAUCAUGGCUCCUACUCUUUUAAAAAAAAUGUCACAAGCAUUCAGAGAAUUAGCAGACACCGUAAAUCAAAAUAAAGAUAUGGAAGUGAAACCUUUUGCUAAAGCAUGCUCUUACAUUACCGAUCUCAUGCGCCACAUAGGUCCACUUUCCAAAUUUGCAGUAGACGAUUUUGCACCAAGAGUUUGUGAUUUGGAGGCAGCGUCAAGAUCGUUUCGUUCAUUAAGAUCAAUGAUGUGUGGAAACAUUGAACAAAACAAUGUUAGGUCUCCAGGCAGUCACACAAGAAAUCUUCUCAUGGUCAAGAGAGUAAUUGAGUUGGUGAAUAUUUUGUUUCAACAGAUUGUAGCUACAAAUUAUGAUGAUAAGGGUGAUAACUCAUUGGCAUCUCAAGGACUGGCGGCUUACUUGACCGUGUUUAGUCAAUACCACGGAACGGGCUUAAAGGCUACGGUUGAAUUCUUCAAGCCCCACAUUCCCUCCAAAGCGCAGUUACUUGUCAAACUAGAGGAAAUAGAUGAGGCAUCAUGCGUAGCUCAAAUGAGAAUCAUUGCUGAGGCAGCAACUCGUAUCACUCAACACAUUGACAACUUAUUCAUUACAAGGGAUCUCGGCUUAGACUGGUCGUGAAACUCAAAGUACGAGAAAACAUUUCAACGAACUCUUGAAAUCAUGAAACUUAUCGAUGUUGUAUGUAUUCAGGUGGUUAUCUGAUCAUCACUUCCUGAUACAGGGUAUUCUUUAUCGGUUUUAGUAUAUUUAUUACCUGUUAGAAUGGUUGGGUAAUUAUCUGAAUUCUUAUGUCUCAUGUUUGGAGGCCAGAUAUAGCCAUCUCAAAUUAGCUUGGGUGCUUCUAUAAUUAAUGAAAAGUAUUUUUAUUUUUA